UGCUAACAUCUUCAUUGCAAAGAAAUUCAAAAUCUGGCUCCCACUAGCGUGGACUUGGACUCUUGAUUAUUAGUUAGACUACUUUGACCUCUAUCAUUAAUUUAACAUUGCAUCUUAAGGACCAACUUUGUGAGAAAUCCAUUGCCAAUUUUUUUCCAUCUUGCAAGUUUCAAGUUCUUGAAACUAUGUGGGCACAUGGCACCUUGCUCACUUUUUUUACACUCUCUCUCUUGUUAGGAGAAUCAUGCUGUCAGACAGAUACUCUGCUUCAGGGGCACUACUUGAAAGACGGGCAAGAGCUGGUUUCGGCUUUCAAUAUCUUCAAGCUCAAGUUCUUCAACUUCAAGAACUCGACGGACUUGUAUCUUGGUGUUUGGUACAACAAUUUGUAUCUGAAUGAUAUCCAGGACAGGCCUGUCUGGAUUGCUAACCGUGACAAUCCGAUUCCAAGACGCCCUGGGAGCCUCACGGUUGACUCUCUUGGUAGAUUGAAGAUUUUAAGAGGAUCAUCAAGCCUGCUUAACUUAAGUUCUACGGAAACCACUGGAAACACAACCCUUAAAUUGUUGGAUUCUGGAAAUCUCCAGCUCCAGGAGAUGGGUUCUGGUGGAUCAACGAGGGUUUUGUGGCAGAGCUUUGAUUAUCCGACUGAUACUCUUCUCCCUGGGAUGAAACUCGGUUUCAAUGUCAAGACCAAGAAGAGAUGGGAGCUGAGAUCAGGGCUUAGUGAUACUUUACCUGCUUCUGGAUCUUUUGUCUUUGGGAUGGAUGCCAACAUAUCAAACCUAUUGACCAUCUUGUGGCGUGGAAAAAGGUAUUGGGCAAGUGGCCUCUGGUUUAAAGGUCGUUUUUCCUUGGAGGCGUUUAACAACUAUGAAUCCGUCUUCUCUUUUACCUCAACAGAGAGUGAACGCUACUUCAUGUUUUCAGUUGAUUCUGAAACAGUGUUUCCCACGAUAACGAUAGACCAACAUGGAGUUCUGCAUAUAAACAGGCUUGACAGAGAGCUAGCACAUGUCCGUUGCUCUCCUUUCACUUUGAGUAAAGAGGUCAGUUCCAGGGAUCGGUAUAGGCAAGGGUACAGCGAUGGGUAUAGGAAAGAGUACAGGGAUUGGUAUGAGAAAGAGAACGAGGAUCGGUAUAGGGAUCAGUAUGAGAGAGAGUACCCUGAUCAGUAUGGGGAAAAACCCAGAGGUUGGUAUGAAAAAAACUCCAGCGAUUGUUAUGGAAACAGUUCCAGGGAUUGUUUGCAGGCUGGUUGCACAGUUCCUGACAUGGCACAUGGGUUACUGAACUGCAAUCCCUUUCGUUCUACCUAUUUCGAACAGAGAGGACCAGCUUCACUAGGAAAUGGAACCGUGCUUAAUGAGACUGGUGGAAGAGGACUUAGUUCAGCUGAUUGCCAUGUUAUAUGUCUGCAAAACUGUUCUUGUGUUGCCUAUGCCUCAACCAAUGUGGAUGGUACAGGCUGCGAGAUAUGGACUGACCCUUGCAAGAUGUGGUAUACUGAUCCUGCCAACACCAGGUCGUCUUCUUCUCCUACUUCCAGAACUAUAUAUAUUCGUGAACAAGGUCCGACAUGUAUGCAAAGAGAUUCGGAAAAUUAUUUUCCGGGCUUGGGGGGAGACAGAAAGAAUGGAAAUCCAGUAGUUUGGCUAAUUGUUGGGGCAUCUCUGUUUCUAACCAUACUUGUGACUGUCUUCAUCAUCUAUCUUGUUCUGAGAAAAUAUAAACUAAAAGUAACUGAUAUAUUCCGCAAAACAUUCUACUUUUUACGUGGGAAAAUCAUUCAACUAAGCAAGGCCGCUUUUUACUUUUCAAGGAAGAAAAUCAUUCAACCAAGUAAGGCGGCGUUUAGCUAUCUAUGGAGAAAAAUCAUUCAACCAAUGAAUGGUUUCAUUGGGAGGAGGCUUCUAACACUGAGGUAUGGUUCAGCGGUAGACCGCGAAUUGUUACUGCGUGAACUGGGAAUUGAUAGGAGAGGCAGACACAGGAGAAGUGCAAGGAAGAAUAAUAAUGAACUUAAUAUUUUUAGCUUUGAGAGUGUAGCCUUGGCAACAGAUUACUUCUCUGAUGAGAACUUGCUCGGUGAAGGAGGUUUUGGUCCUGUCUAUAAGGGGAUGUUGAUAAGCGGGGAAGAAGUGGCUAUCAAGAGACUAUCAAUGGCAUCAGGGCAAGGACUAGUGGAGUUCAAGAACGAGGCCAUGCUUAUUGCAAAACUUCAACACACGAAUCUCGUUCAGUUGCUAGGAUGUUGCAUUGAGAAGGAUGAGAAAAUGUUGAUUUACGAAUACAUGCCCAACAAGGGCCUUGAUUACUUCUUGUUUGAUCCAUUGAGGAAAAAUGUUCUGGACUGGAGGCUGCGGUUUAGGAUCAUGGAAGGGAUCAUUCAAGGGCUUUUGUACCUUCACAAGUACUCGAGAUUGAAAGUAAUACACAGAGACAUCAAAGCCAGUAACAUUUUGCUGGACGAGGAUAUGAAUCCCAAGAUAUCGGAUUUUGGGAUGGCUCGGAUAUUUGGAGCCCAAGAAUCCAAAGCCAACACCAGAAGAGUUGCUGGAACAUUUGGCUAUAUGUCUCCUGAGUACUUCAGAGAAGGGCUAUUCUCGGCUAAGUCAGAUGUGUUCAGCUUUGGGGUUCUGAUGCUUGAAAUUAUUUGUGGAAGGAAGAACAAUAGCUUCCACCAUGAAUCAGAUGGACCUCUCAAUCUCAUAGUUCAUGUUUGGAAUCUGUUUAAAGAGAACCGAGUUGGCGAGGUGAUAGAUUCUUCUUUGGGAGAUUCUGCACUUGAGAACCCUCAAGUGUUGAGAUGCUUUCAAGUUGCUCUCUUGUGUGUACAGGAAAAGCCAGAAGACAGACCAAGUAUGUUAGAUGUUGUGUCCAUGAUAUACGGCGACGGAAACAAUGCUCUUUCUUUGCCUAAAGAGCCGGCUUUCUAUGAUGGUCCCCGGAGAAGCUCGCCAGAUACAGAAGUUGCGCAACAUGAGUCGGAUAAUGCAUCAGUAAAUAGAGUUACCAUCACGGUGAUGGAAGCAAGGUGAAACUACAGUCAUUGGUGUUGUAAUAAUUUAUUUAGUCAUUGGUGUUGUAAUAACUUAUUUAAACUCAGUUAAUGUUUGUAAGCUUAGCUUGCAUCUUCUUCUAUGCAUACAACGAUAAUAAAUCUCUAGAUAGAAUAUGUUCUCCCUCUGUUUCAGUUGAGAUGAAGUUUUAGAGAAUGUUUUGUGUUUCAAUUUA